AUGCGCGAGCCUCGUACUGAACCGCCUGAAGGAGGCCGGAUUGCGCAAAGCCCGGCGCCCGGCUUCGAGUCACUCAAUUCAAGACUAGAUCGCCACGAGAGUCUCCUCGAGAGCCUUCGAGCAGAAGUGAAAACCUUGACUUCACACCUGAACAAGGACAAUUCAACCGAUACAUCAUCCCAGAGAGAUGACACGGCCACGGCUUUCACCAGCGAGAAGGACUGGUAUGGCCACCCGACCAAUGCUCCGGAUACCACCACGAAUCUCGCGCCCAUCAAUAUCAUGCGUCGCCAGUAUCCCGGACGUAGUGGCAUCGAGCGUCUACUUGAUGCAACAGACGACAUCGUUAUCCAGGGCAUCAUGACUGAAGAGCAGGCGCUCCGACUGGAGCAGGUAUUCCUUCAGCGGUGCGGUCCAUGGCUGCAGAUUGAAGACUGGGCUGGCAUGGGCAGCAAUCUCGUCACCAUCCGCAACAAGUCGGCAUUGCUCUUCGCUGUGUGCUGCCUGCAGGGUUGUCGACUGGAUGAUGACUUUUGCAACUCGCCGCAGCAUUACACACUGUACGAGCACGUGCGCAAGGCGAUGCAGAGGCUGUUCCUGAUCAGCCCUUUACCGACAGACGCAUGUCUAGCGCUUUUGAUUAUGACUGUGUGGAGUACCAGCCCAGAGGAGACUUCCGAAUUCAUCGACAGCUGGGUCCUCAGCGGCUAUAUUGCACAGCAGGAGAUGCUCAACCUCAGCUUCACCAGGAUCAUUUCGAGCCUGAGAUCCGGAGCUGCAAGCCCGCUGGAUAGGUUGAGCCUGAGGCUGUGGAACUCAACGUGCUUGUGCCAUCUACAGUAUGCUAUUGGUACUGGACGGCCUCCAACCAUUGCCAAAUCCUACAUUGAGCAAGCACGCACCAUCAUCGACUCCUUUGAAGCAUCGGCUUACGAUGGCUAUGAGCUCGCUGGUCUCGCCAUGCUCAUGCUCACGGAGGAGGUGCUGUCCGAGGAGGUCUUCUCGAGAUAUGGCCAUGUCCAGAGGGCAAUAACGCGAUGGAAGAAUCAAUGGCACCACCUAUUUGAAAAUCGAGAUGAUCGUUUCUGCUCGAUCAAGUUGACUUCCAACUUCUGCCAACUCGUGAUAACUCGCAGAGCUCUUGAAGAGCACAGGGCGCAACGGCAGAGUCGCAUCAUGGACGGCCAGAAUGGGUCAGACAUUGGCCACGAGUCAGCCUCAUCCGACAAUCGGCAGGCCCAGGAGGCCAAGCUGUUCGAGCAAUGGACUGCGCAGAGCAGGGAGAAUGCUCUUCAGCUCGUCGAGACAUUUGGACAGUUGCCAGGCACUAUCGUCCGAGAGCUACCCGACUUCUUCUACCUUGUCGUAACCUACGGCAUGACGGUACUUGCUCACUUCAUCUACAAGCCCCCGCUGCUGGGCGCAUCCGCCAUCACAAGCCCGCGAAGCAACGAGGAGAUUGCGGCGAUCCUGCAGGACGCUAUGGCGCAUGGGUCACGUACAGGAUCCAAGACCAUGAGAUUGUUCGAGUUGACGAUCACGAGGCUGGCAGAGGCGUUGGACACGCACCCGGGAGAAGCUACGGCCGGCACAGGGAACGGGGCCAUGGCGGGCGGCGGCGGUAUGACCGGGGUAGACCGACUGCUCGGACCCGAUGCCACCGGUACAAGCGCCGACGUAUUGGGCUUCUCUGAGAACUGGGUCACACCAGAUCUCGAGGCACUCUUUAACGACAUGCUUCCCGAGUUCCUUGUGCCCCGGCCAUAG